AUGACUUCGAUGAUCACAGCGACGGCAUGGGUCCCUCGGGGGCAUGCCGCCGCUUUUCCAACCAAGUACAACAUGGACGACGAAGAAUACUCGCGCAUCGCAAAGCUGGCCAAGCUCGAAUUGGACGAUGCGAAGGAAGAUCUGGAGAAAGCCCGAGAUGCGCUGAACCAGGUCAACAAUGGAGAGGUCCCGGACGAGAAAGCAGGUGCCGAAGAGGACAGCGACGAUGAUGCCGACGAUGUUGCGAACGACGAUGACCUCAAAGAGUACGACAUGGAUCACUACGACGAUGAGCCGGAGAUGUCAGGCGACGAGGACGACGAAGCAGAGGGUGGUAUCUUCAGCAACAUCAAGUCAUUGGCAUACCAUACAGACAACAAAGACGAUCCAUACCUGACAAUACCGGAAGGAGAGGCAUCCGACGAGGAGGAACGAGAAGAGCUGCAGAUCUUGCCCACAGACAGUGUUGUGCUGGCGGCGCGGAUAGAAGAUGAGGUCGCCCAUUUGGAGGUAUAUGUGUACGAAGACGCUGCAGACAACCUGUAUGUCCACCACGACGUAAUGCUGCCUGCGAUACCGCUUUGCGUGGAAUGGGUCGGCACGAAACCAGGGAAGACUUUGUUAGACGACGAGUCUGGCAACUUUGCGGCAGUCGGCACUAUGGAUCCAGAGAUUGAGCUAUGGGACCUGGACCUUGUAGACUGCAUGUACCCCAAUGCAGUGCUGGGACAGACAGGAGAGGCACCAGGUGCACCCGAGCCUGUCACCAAGAAGAAGAAAAAGAAGAGCAAGAAGGCCAACGACGACUACCACGUUGAUUCAGUGCUAUCGCUCGCCGCGAAUCGACAACAUCGGAACUUGCUUGCAAGUGCUUCAGCAGACAAGACCAUCAAGCUUUGGGACCUCACAACUUGCAAGGCCGCACAAUCCUACUCACAUCACACCGACAAAGUCUGCGCGCUAUCAUGGCAUUCUUCGCAGUCCUCCGUUCUACUUUCAGGCAGCUACGAUCGAACAAUCGUCGCAGCUGACAUGCGAGCCCCAGAUGCGAAGGUACCGCGAUGGGGUGUAGAGAGUGAUGUUGAGCAGUUAAGAUGGGAUCCCCAUGACGACAACAAGUUCUAUGUCAGCACAGAGAACGGUGCACUACACUGUUUUGAUGCGCGAACACUGCCUUCGAGACCGGAAGACAGCAAAGCCGUAUGGCGACUACAGGCCCACGAUCAGAGCUUGUCAUCGUUCUCCAUCAAUCCUGCUGUGCCCGGCUUUAUUGCUACUGGUUCAACAGACCGCACAGUCAAGCUAUGGAACGUGACAGAGACAGGGCCAAGCAUGGUCGUCAGCCGAGAUCUCGAAGUUGGAAAGGUCUUCGCAGCCAACUUCGCGCCUGACACCGAAGUGGCGUUCAGACUCGCGGUCGCAGGCAGCAAAGGUGCAGUGCAGGUCUGGGACACGAGCACGAACAAAGCAGUCCGCGAGGCUUUCGCGACUAGGGUAAAGCUGCCGACACCUGCCGAUGGCGAGGUCAAGGAGCGGUUGGUGCGCAUUAAUCAGGAUGACGAGGAAGAAGAGGAAGAGGAAGAGGCCGAAGAGAAUGGCGGCGAAGGCGGCUGGGAGAGCAUGGACGAAGAUUAG